AUGAAAAAGACAAAUACUAAUAGCUUUAAUAGUAAGCCAAACAAAUAGAAACAGGCUGUUUUCUCUUAAAAAAAGGUCCCCUCUAAUAAAAUAGUCCCUGUAUAAAAAGUUUAGCUUUAAAAUUCUAUAAAUUAAUCAGUAUUAAAUGACACCUUAGAGCAGUUUGUGAACACAACAGACAUGAAUCUGGAGAAUAUUUAGCUCUCUAAAUAAGAUUUGAGCCAAAAAAAUGAAGAUAAAACAGAUAUCUAAAUAGAAACUGUUAUAAAUUUCAAUAAUGCUUCCACUACUUUAGAUAUAAAUGAAGAUAGUAAAAAUAAUAAACAUAUCAAAUUUGAUGACUCUGAAUUGGCUUAAAAUUCUAUUGAUUAUAAAAACUUAAUUACCUCCUCAACUCCCUCAAUCAUUAAUGAGCAACUAUAUUUUAAACAUAAUAAAAGUGAGUCUACACUUAGUAAUAUAACUUUUAAUCAUGUCAAACCAGGACAAAAAAAAUAAAAUGAAUAAGAUUUAGAUGAAGAUUACAAUUUAGGUCAAAUAUUACCUUAAUAAAAUGCUAAUAAAUCUGAAUAGGUAAAGCCAAAAAAGGCUCCUUCUAAAAAGAAUUCAGUUGCUAAAGUAAAGCAAUUCAGUAUGGACGAAGAAGAUGAAUAUGAAUAUGAAGAGGAAGAUGAUGAAUAAGAAGAAAGUGAAUAUGAUUACGAAGAAGAUGAAGAAGAAGAAGAGGAGAAAAAUGAUUGCUAAAAUAAUAAACAAAAUGGAAAAAUCACAAUUGAGCAAUUGGUUACUCUUGAUCCUUUGAAAAGUAAUGGGAUGAUGAUUUAGUAAAAGAAAACUGAAAAUGAAGGUGAACAGACAUAAAAAUUUCAGCAUUAAAAGAAUACAUCUACUUUACCUCAUUCAUUGAUGGAGAAUAGAUUAUUAAUGCUUGAGCUGAGUCAUCAAGAUUCGAAUAAAUUUAAUAAAAAUUCUCCAAAUUUUGGAAAUCAAAGAUAGAGAGUUAGCUUUUAGAAAAAUAUUGAUAGUUAAAAAGAAAAGUGUAAUUAAGAGAUAUUAAAUCAGAACCCUGAAGCUAAUACUUAUUAUAAAUCAUCAUAUACAACACAAUAUGAAAGAAAUUCCCUUAAUGUGAAUGCAUCACUGUAAUCAGAUAUUCCAAAUUUAAAUUAGAAAAAAAAAUCGAGAUAAAUUCAUCCUUUGUAAUUGUCUAUAAGUAGCACUUAAAAUUAUGUACAGUAAUAUGGAGUAAGUCCAAAUAAUUUAAGACAUUUGUAAUCAAUAACAAAUUAAGAAAUGCAAAUGAAUAAUGCAAAUCUACACAAACAGGGAAUUAUUAAAACUUUUGGCUCCAGAGCAAAUAGUAUAUCGAGAGGGCCAACUCCUUCAAGAGUUUUAUUUCCAAAUAACCAACAAAAAGACAUUAACAGCUAAGUAAAUAAAGAACAAAAUCCUAGAGAUUAAUUUUAACAGGAUAUAGAACCUACUCAUUGUAAAAUCUGUCUAGAAACUGAAUGCACUUCCGAAACUGGUAAAAUGAUAACUCCAUGCAAGUGUUCAGGAACUCUCAGAAACGUCCAUGAAGAAUGCCUCAAAACAUGGAUUCUCACAUAGCAAAAAGAAAUAAUGGAAGCUUAGUGUGAAGUAUGUAUGAAGCCUUACGAUUAAACAAUCACAUUUGGUUUAAAAUUGAAUGUAAAGAAUACUUGUCGUGAUGGUAAAAUGAACUGUUUAACAUCUUCAGUAAUUUCGAUGUUUGUUAUAGCCCUUAUUAUUGUAAUAAGCUUGCUAUUUUAGCAAAAUGAUAGAAUUAACCACUCAAACUCAUAAUACGCUAGCAGCGAUUCAUUUCUAGAUAGUACUACCCAUGUGAUAUCUCUCAUCAUCAUUUGCUUUAUUAUUCUUUUAAUUUUACUUAUUAUUAUCUAUUACACUCUUAAAGAAGCAUGCUGCAUUUUGGUUGUCAAAGAAUGGAUCAUCGAAUAAUAUGUGUCUUCUCCAUAAAUUGAAUAAAGUUAGAUUGUAGAAGGAACUUACAAUUAUUAAUAAACAACUGAGUACUAAAAUCAAAUUUAAUAUAAUCUAUAAAAUAAUAAAAUAAUCACAUAUUAAUAAUUCUUGAUGGAAAGAAGAAGUAUGCCUACUAUUAUGCCUUAAAAUAUCGAUGAAGAGAACAGAAAUAUCUUCAAAUAAAACAACCGUAAUUUUAAUUAAAGUAGAAAUAGUCCUAAAUCUUAAGCAUAAUCAUGUGUUACAUAAAUGUAAAACAAACAGUAAAAAAAAUUAUCAAAAUAAGAGCAGCAAAAUCGCAUCAACCAACUUCUUAAAAGCAAAAAGUAAUUAAACAAACCAAUUUUAUUUAACUAAAGAAUUUACUCUUCAAGUAGAAGACAAAGCUAAAGUAAUGCUGCCGUAAGAGUUUCUUAUGAUUUAUCUUGA